UUGUUCUAUACGUUUUCAGAAUUCAAGGAAGCAUUCUCUCUAUUUGACAAGGAUGGAGAUGGUACCAUCACAACAAAAGAGUUAGGUACAGUGAUGAGAUCUCUUGGACAGAAUCCAACAGAAGCAGAACUUCAGGAUAUGAUCAACGAGGUUGAUGCUGAUGGUGAGUUAACAACACAACUUUUUUUGCAAAAUAAAUCCUGCUUCCGAUCUCACUAUUAAUAAGAACUUUGAUUUUGUCGCUCAUAAACAGGUAAUGGGACAAUAGAUUUUCCCGAGUUUCUAACCAUGAUGGCGCGAAAAAUGAAAGACACUGACAGCGAGGAAGAAAUCAGAGAAGCUUUCCGAGUUUUUGAUAAGGAUGGCAAUGGCUUCAUCAGCGCUGCUGAGUUACGACAUGUCAUGACCAACCUUGGGGAAAAACUUACAGACGAGGAAGUUGAUGAGAUGAUCAGAGAGGCUGACAUCGAUGGUGAUGGACAAGUUAAUUAUGAGGGUAAGACCUACAUUCCGGUGUUUUAUAUGUAUUAA